UCCCCGGGCGGGGCGGGGCGGGGCGGGGCGGGCGGAGCGCGGCGGGGCGGGGACGGCGCGGGCGCGACUGCGGCGGCUCGGGCGGGGGGCGGCGGCGCCAGCGGACACCGGAGCGGGCAGGAGCAGCGGCCGCGGCGCCGCAGGGACCAGCGAGCCCAGGCUCGGUCUGGGGUUCUCGCAGCCGGCACCAGCCCUCCCGGCCCCGGCCCCCCACCUGCCGCGGGAAAGAUGCCAGAGCAGAGCAACGAUUACCGCGUGGUGGUGUUCGGGGCAGGCGGCGUGGGCAAGAGCUCGCUGGUGCUGCGCUUCGUGAAGGGCACGUUCCGGGACACCUACAUCCCCACCAUCGAGGACACCUACCGGCAGGUGAUCAGCUGUGACAAGAGCGUGUGCACCCUGCAGAUCACAGACACCACAGGCAGCCACCAGUUCCCGGCCAUGCAGCGCCUCUCCAUCUCCAAGGGCCAUGCCUUCAUCCUGGUGUUCUCCGUGACCAGCAAGCAGUCGCUGGAGGAGCUGGGCCCCAUCUACAAGCUCAUCGUGCAGAUCAAGGGCAGCGUGGAGGACAUCCCCGUGAUGCUGGUGGGCAACAAGUGCGACGAGACGCAGCGGGAGGUGGACACGCGCGAGGCGCAGGCGGUGGCCCAGGAGUGGAAGUGCGCCUUCAUGGAGACCUCGGCCAAGAUGAACUACAACGUGAAGGAGCUCUUCCAGGAGCUGCUGACGCUGGAGACGCGCCGGAACAUGAGCCUCAACAUCGACGGCAAGCGCUCCGGGAAGCAGAAGAGGACAGACCGCGUCAAGGGCAAAUGCACCCUCAUGUGAGCCCGGAACACCCGCCUGCCCGCCGCCCACCCCCACCGGUCCCGGCCUCCCCCCGCCGCCUCCCCCGACACCCUCUUCUGCCUCCUCCUCUUCUCUCAUCCUUCCUCCGAUACCUCGGCUGGGGAAACCGAGGCUGCCCCCUCUCCGCUGCCCCUGGCCGCCCCGAGGCAGGGCUGAGGCUCUUCUUCCUGCCCCGCUCUCUCUUCUGCACCCUCCUGUUCUGUCUGUACCCCCAAAACCGAGAGCCGGAGGUGGCCCCCUUGUCCUGCAGGUGGGCAAACAGGAUGGGGAACAGGUCAGAGGAGCUCCUUGUUCCCGCUGGGACCGGAGGAGGCUGCGUUUCCCCAUCUCCAUCUCUUUCCCUGGGGUGUCCCCAGCCAGACAUGCGUGUCCCAGUCCCCCACAUUUGAUCACUGUGACCUUCCAGGGGAGGGGGAAGUUCAAAGUCACAUCAGCCUCAGAUUUGUUUUUCUUUCUCCUCCUAUUUGGUGUUAACAAACACCCAAGCCCACCCAGCCCCUCGUGACCUCUGACCUGUGCCCUGCACCCCCCUCCGGUCCCAGAACACCCGCCUCUCCCCUGUCCUCACACCGGGGAUGUGGGGCCCGCGGGAUGGGCCUCAGGCCACCAGGCAAUAACCACAGGGCCUGCAGCAGUGCCCCUGCCAGCUCCGAAUCCCACCCCUGGGACGGGCCACAGCCACGGUCGCAGCACAACUGUCCUGCCGGGAGGCACCGUGGACAUGGAGGGGCUUCCCAGACCCCGCCCACCCGGGGACCUGCCUCUUUCACCGAGACAGAGACAUUAGCGACGUGUGGUGGGUGGCGUCCUGGAGUGCUCGGGAGGGGGUGCCUGGGGCUCUGGCCAGAGAGACAUCAAUGACACCCCCGUGAGGGGACAGCCGAUAGGACCCCACAUCAGCCGAAUCCGAGGGGGCUCUGGAAAGAGGUCUGCUCCGCCCACUUCCUCCCCACCACCUGUGCCCCAGAGAGCAGGCCCGCCCGGAAAGGUGGUGUCCUGGAGUCAGGGGGUAUCUGCAGCCGUGAGGUUCUGGGGCCACACUCAUGUGACCCCACAGGGCUGUGUCCGACAUACACGGGGAACGGUGUAUUUGUGCAGUCUGGGGUGCGUGGAUGGGUGGCUGGCAUCUAAGUGCAUCUGCGUGUGCGCCUGUGUGUGUCUGUCGGGAUGGUGUGUUUUUGGGGCACUCCCUGUGUGCGCUAGUGGUGUAGGGUAUACAGGGAGUGGGUAGUUGUAGAUACCUGUGUGUGCUUGUCAACAAGACUGGCUACUUGUGAUGUGUCUGUGUGACUCUUUGUGCCUGUAUGAGCGUGACUGUACUUUUGGGAGUGGGUGAUACGGCUCAUCUGAGAGAGCAUUUACCUGUAACUGUGUUUGUCCUGAUUGAGGGACACAAUCUCUGUCCCACUCUAUAGCAACAUGACUCUAUAGCAAUGUGACUUUCAGUCCCAGAUCUGUAUCAGUCAGCUAUUGCUGUGUAACAAGUGACCACAAUUGGCCAGACUUGUUGGCUCAUGCCUGUAAUCCCAGCACUUUGGGAGGCUGAGACAGGCGGAUUACUAGGUUAGGAGGUCAAAACCAUCCGGGCUAACACAGUGAAACCUGUCUCUACUAAAAAUACAAAAAUUAGCUGGGUGUGGUGGUGCGCACCUGUAGUCCCAGCUACUCGGGAGGCUAAGGCAGGAGAAUCGCUUGAACCCAGGAGGUGGAGGUUGCGGUGAGCUGAGAUCGCGUCACUGCACUCGCAGCCUGGGCGACAGAGUGAGACUCUGCCUCUCAAAAACAAACAAAAAACCCCCCACAAAUGACCACAGACGUAGCAACCAGAAACAACACACAUUUAUCAUCUCAUAGAUUCUGUGGGUCAAGAGCCUGGGUGCAGGUUUGCUACUUGGGAAUCUCAGGAGGCUGCAAUCAAAGCACGGGCCAGGCGGAGGUCUCACCUGAAGGCCUGACUGGGGAAGGAUCUGCUUCUUCCAAGCUCAUGUGGUUGUUGCAGCAAUCAGUUCCUCGCUGUUGCAAGACUGAAGACCUCAGUUCCUUGCUGGCUGUUGGCUGGAAGCUGCCUUUUGAUCUGUGUCACGUGGGUCUCUCCACAGUGGGGCUCAGAACACAGCAGGUAAGUCAGCCAGGGAAGGCGAGGUGGACGUGUUGGUCUUAUUGUGUGUGAGGAAACUGUGUGUGUGUGUGUGUGUGUGUGCACGUGCUUUUGUGGAGAGAGAGACAGAGAGAGCGUGCACACCUGUGUCUCUGUAGUCAUGUGUCCGGGUGGGACUAUGUAGGUUACAGAUUGCUCAUGUCUGACUUGGUACAAGCAUGUUUGUCUUCCUCUGUGUUCAUGUGAGUGUUUACUCAACAAGUGUUUAUUGGACGCACUCAGAGGGGGAGUGUGGCUGCGUGCAUGUGUGUUGCUAUCCAGCACAUGGACCGGGGCUCCCGGAAGAGCUGGCAUCGUGUCUGAGCAGAGCUGGGUCCCCCCAACACCUGGGCUGGCCCAGGGCCCACCAGCAGCUGACGUUGCCCUUCUCUUGCCCUGGCAGUGCUUCUGGGCUCUGAAGGUGCUGGAGAGAGUGAGGCUGGGCAGGGGUCUGCGGCCCUUUCUCAGGGACACACCCUGAUAGCACAAUCUCCCUGGGGCCCUGCCCACCUCUAGGCCUCUCCCACCCCAGGCCCUGCCCCAACCCUGGAGAGAGAGGGGAUCUGCCAUAGGAGGGGUGUCCGAGCCUGCCCUGGCCGCUGGCCCGUCCUGCCUGGGCAUCCCUGGUGCUGGGGACUGUGCCAGGCCACGCUUGAUGUGACCCGCCCCUGCCCCCUCUCCCCCUGCAUGUGGGUGCCCCCACCCCCCAUCAUGGGGUCUGUGUAGCCUUUGCUCUGGACAUAGUCUUUCUGCAAUAAAGAAGUGGAUCCUGCGUUCCCCA